AUGAACAAGUUGCCAGAGCAUGUAGAAUUGCUUUCAGCCAAUGAAAUACAGGAGCUGGGAGAGAAAUAUAAGACUCAGUUGAAGCUUUAUGUCUCAAAAUUCCAAGAUGUUAGCACCUUGAUAGACAGUUUGAAAGAAAGUAAAGAUGAAUUGAGUCACCUCCAAAACAAGUUUAAUGAAAUCGAAGAGUCUAAGAAAGGGUUAACAACAGAUUUGGAAUCAUUGAGGAUACUUAACUCAGAGUAUUCCCAAAAAUGGCAAGAACUUAGUACAAUUAUAUCCGAUAACUAUAGUGAAGCAGCACUAAAACAUAAACUAGAAAAUCAGGUCAAAGAGUACUUGGAAAUGUCUGAUCAACUUGAAGCCAGCGUGUACUCCACUGAAGGAGAAAUUGACAGUUCAGCCUUGGAUGAUACGUUAAAGCAAUAUAUGGAGACUAGAAUAAAUUAUCAUAGAAGCAAAGAACAUUUAGCCACAUGGAAUGCUCAAGGUUAUCUAAGAAAAUGA